UAGUCCCACCGAUGGGCACCCCUAACUGGGCCCCAUCCCAACAACUCCGCACCCCUCCACCACCUCCUCCUCAACAGCGGUCCUCCUCACCACCUCCCCCUCCAUCCACAGGGGGAGACGCUGACACCCCCCUCAACCUCAGCAAACCGAAGUCGUCAUCAGGAGGAGGAGGCAGGUGUGUUCCGAACCACGCCGAGACGGAGUCGCCCCAUAUGGGAGGACCCCUAGCGGCUACCGCCCCCAAGCUGCUGCCCCCCAAUCUGGUCAUGCCCAGAUUUUUGCCCUAUGCUGGAUUGCCGCCCCAUGUUAAUCCUACCGGAAAACUAAGCAUGUCACCAGGUAAGGAUGGUGACAAACUACCCCCCUACCCAGGACUGCACCUCUACCCUCCUCCCCCGCACCCGCACGCACAUCCCCAUGCGCCUAGUCUCAGGGAUGACUCCAAAGAGGAAGCAGAUUUCAUGGCAGCCUGUCAGAUGUGGGGUCCUGAUCCAGGAUACAAACUGCAAGAUGAGUGCAACGACAAAGCGAAAAUGGUUCGCCAACCGAAACGUGAUGGGGAAGGGAAGCCUCAUAUCAAACGCCCUAUGAACGCCUUCAUGGUCUGGGCAAAGGACGAGAGGCGGAAGAUACUCAAAGCAUGUCCUGACAUGCAUAACUCCCAUAUCUCCAAAAUUUUGGGCACCCGUUGGAAAGGAAUGUCAAAUGCCGAGAAGCAGCCCUAUUAUGAAGAACAGUCUCGUCUCUCGAAACUUCACAUGGAGAAGCACCCAGACUAUAGGUACCGGCCACGACCGAAACGCACAUGCAUAGUGGACGGCAAAAAGAUGCGCAUCUCAGAGUACAAAACGCUGAUGCGGCAACGUCGCAACGAGAUGCGGCAACUGUGGUGUCGCGGUGACGCUGGACCUUCUGGAUCCGGAUCGGCCGGUCCGAGCUUCGGAUACGAUCCGGACGGAACGAUAUCCCCGGACAUGCUCACCUUCUCAUCCGACAACUCACCCAGUCCGAGCUCGCACCAUGAUGACUGAGGACACGAAUAUUUCUUCCCCGGCAUCUUCACUGGGGAUUUUGUGCAUGGUUAGAGAGGUUGUUGACCUUUGACCUUGGAUGAGAAGGUUCAAGGUCAACUUGACAACUGUUUCAAGGUCACUACGUUGCAACCUUGACUUGAGAUUGUCUACACCAUGAUGACUGAGGACACGAAUAUUUCUUCCCUGGAAUCUUCACUGGGGAUUUUGUGCCUGGUUAGAGAGGUUAUUGACCUUGAUUGUUUCAAGGUCACCAAAUUCAACCUUGACAAGAAAUUGCCUUCAAGGUCACCACAUUUUAAUCUUAAUGGAGAUUGCCUUCAACAACACUGAGGCCAAGACUAUUUCUUCCCGGUGUGUUUACUGGAUAGAUACUCCAUUAUCAGAGAGGUUAUUGACCUUUGAGCUUGGCUGAAAAGGAUCAAGGUCACCACGUUUCAAUCUUGACUAGAGAUUUCCCAUGCAAUGAUGACUGAGGAAAGAACUAUUUUCCCCCUGACAUGUUUAUUGGGGAUUUUGUUCAUGGUUGAUUAUCUGAUGAUCAGGAUAGUCUAUUUACCUUUCUGACCUACAAGGUGAUACAGAUUUAUAACCUUGACUGAUAGCCAUAAUAAUGACUGCACCUAACCAUGCUGGAGACUGUAACUAUUUUAUCAAUUCCUCAGCAUGUUUACUGGGGAUUUUGGUACUCUCGAGGUUGAGAGAGGUUACAAUCCUCUGACUUCAGAUAAAAAGGAUCCAACAUUGACUGAAAAUCGUAAUGUAUUCAUUACCCAACAAUAUUAUGACUGAGGUUACAACUACUACUCACCCAGCUUUUUUAUGCUGGAUUUUGACAAUGGUUGAAUCAAGUCAAGGUUGAAUCAAAGUUUACUGACACUAGGGAACUCCAAGUUCUCUAUUUCCAACUGAUAACUAUAAUAAUCAUUAUAUAGUGACUGCAAAAUGAUGUUUUUGUCAUUUUGUCGAAAUAUUGACUGUCAUAUUUACAGGCAUUUGGUCACGGUGAAUUCACCAUGAAGUGAUACGAGUUUUAUUGAGUGAAAAUCAAAAGAAGGUCAUUCUUUCAUUGUAGUCGACUUUAAAUACGGUAGAUAAAUUUCAAUGCAUAGGGUACAAUACCUGAGGGUACAAUAUCUCAUUCCCUGGCAUUUUUACCAGGGAUUUUGUUAGGUCAGAGCUACUUAACCUUUGGGCUCCAAGGUAGCAAUAUAACCUUGACUAACAUAUUGUAAUGAAUAUGAUGAUGACUUAGAUGACUUAUAUUAUUUACCUGCAAUUUUUUGACAGGGAUUUUGAAGUUCACAAAAAAUAUAUCUCAAUGUACAAAUUAUUGUUGCAAUAUUUUCAAAUCGAGUUUGAUAAUGUAUCAAGUCAUCACCAUUGAUGUUGUUUGUCUUUCAUUGUAUUGGUGUCAUGAUCACAAUUAUUGUACAAAAUAUAUGGUAUAUGUUUGUGUAGAGGUUUACUCACAUGAACUAAUAUUAUAUGGGGGAACCAGACUUACUUUAAAAUACUAUAAUAUGCAAACAAGUGUAUUAAUAUAUUGAGUGAAUUUUAAAGAAAUAGAGUGAAAAUCUCUCUAACCUUGAGAUUAAUAACUUACAUUUUUUAAAGCUCUUCAGUGAAUUUUGAAGCUACUUACUUGUACUUAGUUCAAUUUCAUUAUUUAUUGAUAAGAUCAUGAGGCAGUGAGAGAGUGAAGCUUUAUUCUGAGCUUUAAUAACUAUUUAUUGUCAGUAUCUACAUCACAUUCACAAUUUUUCGUGAUUUGUUGAUUGUCAGCUUUAAUUUUGUUUUUUCAAGAUCAUGCAUAUCAUGUUUUAUCUAAAUUCAAAUUGUUCUCUAGUCGGAGGCAUGUAAAAUAAUGUAAAUAAUGUUACUGUAUUAUUUUCUACUGCUGGUUCUGUGUGUACAAAAUAUGAACAAGAAACUUUCUAGUUAUAUUUAAAUUUUCUGGGCAUAUGUCAAGCUGCUAAUAUUAGAAUUCGAUAAAUGUUUAGAAUGUGUAUUGUAAUGGAAUAAACUAUAGUGUUUCAAGCUUUCAAUCUUGUUAGAAAUAUUGUACUGUAAUGUAAAAUAAUAGUUUCUAAGAAGCGUAUACUAGCUUAUUUUCAAUUCUGUGAUUUAAAGCUCUUAGUAAGACAAUUAAUUCGGUAGCCUAUUUCUGUGUUAAAUAUUACUCUUGUGUUGUUGAUAUGAUUAGUUUUUGAUUAAAUAUUAUGAUCUUUCAACUCAGUAUUUAGUAUUAAGAUAUGUUUUUCUAUAUUUGAAAUUUCCACAUAGAUGUAUGAAUUUACGUUUUUCUUACAAAAUUCACAAAUUAUAUUCAUAGUGCGUCCCAAACCAUGACACUCAAAUGAGAUUCUAAGCUGAAAUCAUCUGCAUUUACUCCCAGUAUUUUUCCAUGUUAUUCUCUGAUCAAAUUAUCAAUUCUUAUUUAGGUCCUUAUUUAAUUCUUCUUAUAUAGACCUGUCAUUAUAUAAAUAAUAGACCUGGCAAUACAUUGUCAUUUGUGAUAAGGAAUCAAACAAUCAAUAAAGGUAUUUAUUAGAAUUCUAAUACAAACCUUUCCACAAUUUUAAAGAAUUACUCUACUUCCUGACACAUUGGGCUAUAUUGGCUAUAUUUUUAAUUCAAUGGUAUGUAUUCUUCUAGGCGAUAUUUUCUUCUGAGUGUCCAUUUCUCAAACAACUCAAAUUUUUCAAGAAAAUGUCAUUUCCUAACGAUAAUUUAUUGGCAAAAAUAGAUUCGAUGAAUUAUCUGUGAAAAAAUAAGUUCAUUGAUCAUUGAGCAUUUGAAAAUUCUGGUCUCUGUAAAAAAUCCUCCGUUAAGUCUUUACUUUAUAGUUCAGGUUUCAAAACUUACUACGUACUUCAUUUAUACAAGAUAAAUAGGUUGAUUUACUUAAUAGUUCAUGUUUCAAAACUUACGAUAUACCUCAUUUCUACAAGAUAAAUAGGUCAAGAGGAGAAAUUCCAGUCUUGUCUCAAUCAAACGAACCGUUAACUGCUAGUUAUUGGAGAUUAUCAUGGAGAAUUGCUGGUUUAUUAAUUGAUAUGUUUUAAUAAAUCAAUGAAUCAGUCCUCAAUAAAUAUCAAAUUGAUUGAUAAAUAAUUAUUAGUUCAUUGGUGCUGAUUUCCAAAUUCCAUAAUACAUCUAUGAGUCAUAAUAUCUAUCCAAAUUGAUAAAAACUUUAAUCUCUUAAAAAUUCUGAAAACAUAGGUUUAUGAAUAUGUGAAUAUGUAUGGUAGAAUAUAGGAAGAUUUGUCAGGUUAUAUAAGAAUACUAUUCAAACGACUCUCAUCUUCAAUUAGCAUCGUCUAUUCCAUUAAAACAUAGAAUAGGAGUGUUUUUUUGUAAAUAUUCGCAUUUUAGUAAAAUUAAAAAUUCGUGAUAAAUUCAUUCGUAUUAUUGGCUUUACUAUUCUUUGAUUUACACGGCCAGUAAAAAGAGAAUCGCUUUCAAUGACAGUUUUUAAGGUCUAUGGAAAGAUAUUCCCCUGUCAAGGUAUUUUACAAUGUGGUUGGAAUACGUUGUAUUGAUACUAUGACGUGUCAAUUAAUAAUAUAAUAGGACAUUGGUAUUUGCGUUCUAUAGACCUUGGUAGUUCUCAUAUUAUCUAGAAAGGAAAUUCGUGAAGAGGAAAAAUUUGAGAAAAAUUUUCAGCUGUCCUAAAUAAUGUCAUUUCAGGUUUAAAUGUCAACGUAUAUGAAAUUUCAACCUACUCUUCUCUUGCUUUAAUGGAAACGCAUUUUCCGAGCAAAUUAAGAGAGAAAAUUAUUGAAAGCAAUUCUCUUCCGAAGACUUGUGGUGGAGUAGGAGUAUUAUGAACUUGUAUUUACUAUAGAAACCAAAGUAUUUUGUACAUUUAUAAACACGAAUAAUUCUGCCAAUAAUUUAUUUAAUUUGUUGUCGUCAAUUGAAUGUCUGAGGCGAAUACCAUAUUAUUUGUCAAAGCUGUAAAAUAAUAAUGUAAGCCUGAAUAUUAGAAUGUAUUAUUACUCCAGUGAUUUUUAUAGAAUGAUAAAAUUAUUAUUAUAUUGGUUUACAAGUAUCGCAAUAGAUAUGAGUAGAAUAAUAUCGUAGCUAUAACGGUAAAUAAUGUAAAUAUAUCACUAUAUUAUGUAUUUGUGAGAAAUGAUGUUCUAUCAAUUUCGCAUUGAAGGUAAUAAUUAUUAUUUAUUUAUCUUGCUCUCUGUAAUAUACCUAGUUAGUAUCUUCUGAUUUAUCCGUUACUAGAUCGGAUAUUCGAUUUUGUUGACGAAAUAUUAUUUCAUUAUCAUCAUCAUCAUUUGCUUCAUGAAUAAUUUAUUAUAAUCAAUAUAAUGAUGAAAUGAUGCUAUUACUGAUUUAUGUUUUAGAAGCACUUUAUCGAGUGAAAGUUGGCGGUUUAAUUUAAGUUUUGAUCUGCUUUGGUUAUGAUUAUUUUGUUAUUUAUUAUUAGUAUAAUAUUCGUAUGGACAUAUAUUAUUAUUAUUGUGUUGCCAUAUUAUGGAAUGUAUGUUAAAGUAUAUAAAUAAAUAUGAAUAGAACAGCAACGUUUGAGAAAAGAAUUGUAGUAUUGUAUAUUUUAUAGUAUUUUAUUCAGUAUGACUGUCACAAAAACAAUAGGCCCUUUUACAAAUGAGAAACUACUAUUGGAGUAAGAUGUUUUUUGUUUGAUGCUGCAAUAAGAAUCACGAAAGAUUCUAAAAGUAGAAAUAUCUGGUUGUUACAAGAAAUGCACUAUUGUUUUCUCACGAUCUUGUUCCAAGAGUCUUUAGAAAUUUUAUAUAGAAUAAUCUUUUUGUUUGAAAUAGUUCAAAAUCAAAGAAUAAUUCAUUAAAAUUGUGCAAUCUCAAGGUUUUGAAGCUAAAAACUGAUUCCGAAUUUAUUUUUCAAUUGGAAGUAUUUAUUAUCAAAAACUGUGAUGUUCACAUGAAAAAAUAAUGUUUUCUUCAACUUUAUCAUUCUUUAUCAAACUUUCAAACGUUUUAUGAAUGUGAUGAUAAUAUUUGGACAAAAUUAGGAAAUUGAAGAAGUUUUGGGCAAUAGCCCGUUUUUUCUUCUCCGACUAUAGUAUUGUUUGCUCUAAUAAAUGAAUAAAUGAAAAGUUGUCAACCUACAUAUUAUUGUAUUAAAGAUUUCAUAGUUUCAAACUUCAAAAAUAGAAAAAAAAAUUCAAAGAUCUUUGGUUUCACACUGCUUGACUUCUUAAAUUUCUACAUUUUCUAAAAAAAUUGUCAAACGAUGUGAGAAACCUUAUUUGGGAAAACCCGUUUUUGUUUUUUUCCAUUGUUCAGAAGAAUCAUAGAAUACUGAAAAAAGCUGUAUUUGUAUACAAUAUUGAAUAGCUGCUGUUUGAUGUAUUUAGAAUGAAAGAAUUUCAAUACUUGUGCAAUUUCAAGCAAAAAUAUCUCAAUUCAUUAUUGAUGAAAUAAAGUAUCAGUUUUUGAAAA